AUGUUGCGGUCUGGUGCUGCAGUGCACCCACGGCCUUGGCCUUUACGAUGUUUGGUUUGGAUUGUCUUGGCACUCACGGUGGGUCCAAAGCUGGCUGCUGUGGGUUUUGGCGAAGGUCUUCCUGCUAAGCCUGCCAAGCUCAAGUCGCUCAAGCCAGCCAAGAAGGGAAGCAGCUACGGGCGGGGCAUUGUUUCCAGAAGUGAGCAAGAGCAGCGUCGACAACGGCGUCUUGGCAAGGACCCUUCGAUCAACAGAGCCAGAAAGACUCUGCUUGGCGAGACCGCGGAGCAGGUCUUUCAGAUUGGAGAUAUGGAACUGCCUCUGUUGGUCCCUGCUUAUGUUCUGGACUAUCAGCGCUUUUCAAUGAUGGUUGAAGCUGGAGCUGGAACUGUUUCGGAUAUUGUUUGGCAGCUUUGA